AUGUUCGACCGCAUCGCCUUCGUGUACGACUCCACCAAUAAGUGGAUGUCGCUGGGGCUCGACCAGCACUGGCGGAGCACGAUGGUGAAGGACUGCCUCCAGCUGCAGGCAGAGGACAAGGUCUUAGACCUGGCCACGGGCACGGCGGACGUUGGCAUCCUCGUGGGGCAGCAACUCCGGUCGCUGGGCUCUGCCUCCGACGCCGUUCUGGGCGUGGACCCAAGCAGCGAGAUGCUGCGCAGGGGCGUGGCCAAGGUGGAGACUAGCGGCCUCCAGGGCACCGUUCGCCUGGUGAAGGGCGACGCCCAGGACCUGACAAGCGUGCAGGGCAUCGAUGCCGCGGGCACGGUGGCCGACCCCAGCGCAGGGGCGGCGACUGGGUCCAUUGACAAGAUCAGCAUGUCCUUCGGCAUCCGCAACGUCCCUAACCGUCAGAAGGCUCUCGCGGAAAUGCGCCGCGUGCUGCGGAAGAAGGACUCGAGUCGUGUUUGCAUCCUCGAGCUCUCGCUGCCCGGUGGCGAGACCUUCCUGUCGAAGGUGGCCCGUGGCUUCAUCACGCAUGUCGUGCCCAUGAUCGGCUUUGUGGCGACCCUGGGCCAAGGAGGGGAGGAGUACGAGUACCUGGAGCGCUCGAUUCUGCGGUUCCCGCAGCCGCGAGACUUUGCUGCGGAGCUCGGCCGUGCUGGCCUUCCGGUCGACACCAUCACCAGUUUUGCUUAUGGCGCCGUGAACCUCUACAUGGCCAAGCCAGCACUGUGA